ACAUCAAACAUCAACAUAUCUUUCAAUGAAAAUUCUAACCUUAGUUGAAAAUUUAUCUUCUUUCCUAGACCGAAUCUCCCGUCAGUAAUUAUUAUUAUUAUGUAUGAAAUGGAAGAUCUAAGUUUGGCUUUGCCUUUGCCUUUGCAUCCCCUAUUUUCCUGCGACCACUCCAAUCCAAACCAAAUCACACGACACGUAUAGACAUACAAAUUUUUUGAAGCUACACGCCAAGAGUUUAGAGCGUGAAAAAAGCAGCAUAGCAGAAGAAGAAACAGAAGCAGAAGAAGAGAGAGUGUAGCACAGAGAGAAAGAGAGAGAGAAGCAUUGGUUGUUAUUAAUGGCGGAGGGGAAGGAAGAGAGUAAAUCUAGCGAGGAGAGCGUGAAGCUGUUCGUAGGUCAAGUGCCGAAGCGCAUGUCGGAAGACGAAGUGCUUGCAAUGUUCAAGGAGUUCGCUUUGGUUGACGAGGUCAACAUCAUCAGAGACAAAGCCACUCGUGCCUCCCGAGGUUGUUGCUUUGUAAUUUGUCCGUCCAGGGAAGAAGCGGAUAAGGCGGUCAAUGCAUGUCAUAACAAGAAAACGCUCCCUGGGGCAUCUAGUCCGUUACAAGUGAAGUAUGCAGAUGGCGAAUUGGAAAGAUUAGAACACAAACUCUUUAUCGGAAUGCUUCCAAAGAAUAUUUCUGAAGAUGAGGUCUCCAAUCUUUUCUCAAAGUAUGGAACUAUAAAGGAUUUACAGAUUUUAAGAGGUUCUCAGCAGACAAGUAAAGGAUGUGCAUUUUUGAAGUACGAAACCAAAGAACAGGCCUUUAUUGCUCUUGAAGCAAUCAAUGGAAAGCAUACAAUGGAGGGUUCAAGUGUUCCUUUGGUUGUUAAAUGGGCAGAUACUGAAAAGGAAAGACUAGCUCGAAGGGCUCAAAAAACACAGUCCCGAGUUUCUAAUGCGCCGCAUGCUGAUCCUCAACACCCCUCAUUAUUUGGAGCCUUGCCAAUGGGUUAUGUUCCUCCAUAUAAUGGAUAUGGUUAUCAGGCUCCUGGGGGUUAUGGGCUCAUGCCAUACCGUUUUCCACCAGUGCAGAAUCAACCAGGCUUCCAUAAUAUGAACCAAGCAAAUGCAGUGAGGCCUGAUCUUGGUCACAGUAUGAACCCUAGAAAUUAUCCUGCGCCUCCUGCAAGUUACAUUGGCUCUUACCCUGCUGUUCCAGGUAUACAGCAUCCAAUGGUAUAUCCCAGAGGUAUUGUAAGUCCGAGGCCGAUGAGUAGUUGUCCUGGUUCUGUUUCACCUGCAGGUGGGAAUAGCAACUCUUCAUCUUCAGGUGCCAGUAAAAGUUCCAGUGGUCAGAUUGAAGGACCACCUGGUGCCAAUCUAUUUAUUUAUCACAUACCUCAAGAAUAUGGAGACCAAGAGCUCACAACUGCAUUUCAACCGUUUGGUAGAGUUUUGAGUGCUAAAAUUUUCGUAGAUAAAGUAACAGGAGUAAGCAAAUGUUUUGGGUUUGUUAGUUAUGAUACUCCAGAAGCUGCUCAAGCUGCCAUUAGUACGAUGAAUGGUUGUCAAUUAGGUGGCAAGAAAUUAAAGGUUCAGCUUAAGAGGGAUAACAAACAGAGUAAGAUUUACUGAUGAAGGUGGAUAAUUCUCAAUUCUCCUGACCCAUCAGAUGUCAAUACAAUUUGUAAUUUUCUGUAACAUGAAAAUUCAUUUAGACAUUGAUUAUUAAUUUAUUGAUUUUUCCCUCAGAAAGCAUAUUGAUUAUAUUAUCACUUCAUAACUUCAUUGGUUUUAUCAUCCGGGAGGGAUGAUAUGAUCGUUAUUUUGGGUCUCGUAGAUACCAAUCAAUAGUACGUUUGUGUUACGCUUAGUUCA